GACUCCCGUUUUCAUUUAUUCUUUAAUAAUAAAAAAUAAAAAAGUAUGUUUCUCUCUCUCUCUCCUCUGCAAAUCUCUGUUGCUCUCGUUUCUUCUUCACAAAUCUCUGUUACAUUUCAUACAAUUUUUAGGCUUUGGUAAACUGCACUAGACUCCUGGUGGUGGUGGUGGUGGUGUUGUGUAGUUUUUUCUGUGUAAGGUUGGAUCCUGAGGGAGUUGGAUUCAAAUGGAAGCAUCUUCAAGUCAACCUGAAUUUGAUUAUCUGUUCAAGUUGUUGAUGAUUGGUGAUUCCGGUGUUGGCAAGAGUAGCCUGCUUUUGAGUUUUACUUCUGAUACAUUUGAUGACCUUUCGCCAACAAUUGGUGUUGAUUUUAAAGUAAAAUAUGUUGAUGCUGGGGGGAAAAAGCUGAAGCUUGCAAUUUGGGAUACAGCUGGUCAGGAGAGAUUCAGAACAUUGACAAGUUCAUACUACAGAGGGGCACAAGGAAUCAUCAUGGUUUAUGAUGUAACACGGAGGGAAACUUUUACAAAUCUUUCUGAGAUAUGGGCAAAGGAAAUUGACCUAUACUCAACAAAUCAAGACUGCAUCAAGAUGCUUGUGGGAAACAAAGUUGAUAGGGAGAGUGAAAGGGUUGUGACCAAAAAAGAGGGAAUAAACUUUGCAAGGGAAUAUGGAUGCCUAUUUAUUGAAUGCAGUGCUAAAACCCGAGUAAAUGUACAACAAUGCUUUGAAGAGCUUGUUCUGAAGAUUUUGGACACACCUAGCCUCUUAGCCGAGGGCUCAAAAGGGAUGAGGAAGAACAUCUUCAAACAGAAGCCACCACAAGCAGAUGCAAACGCCAGUGGUUGUUGCUAAUAUUGAUUCCGUCUAUAUAUUUCUUUUAAUUUCAGAUAUAUAACAGCGUGUGGCUGGCUGCUAGUUCAUUCAAAUUCUAUUGUGUAUGGCAGUAAUUUUCUGAUUUAUGUUGCUCGUUUGUAUUGUUGAACUAUCAAUCACAUCUUUACCCAAAAGUAUAAGUAAUAGGCUUUAGUAUUUUCUGUUGUCUCUGUGAAGAACUAGGGUUGUUUGGUUAUGUUGCUAAUCAGGUUUCAAAUUAUUCC